UUAUACUUGGUGCCAUUUCUUCACUCCCCCGUCUCUCUCUCUCUCUCUCUCUCUCUCUCUCUCUCUCUCUCUCUCUCUCUCUCUACAAUGAGUAUCCUCCGUUCUCUUGCAAGAAUCCAGGAAAUGUCAAGGAUAGGACGCAGAGGCUUACAUUCCAUGCGGGAACUGUACGGGGAAAAAAUAUCUCGUGAGUCGGUAGAUUCAGCCCAAAAACGUGUGAUAGAUGCUUCACUUACACUCAUUCGAGAAAGAGCAAAACUUAAGGGAGAACUUGUACGUGCUUUUGGAGGUGCUGUAGCAACUUCAUCUCUUCUUGGAGUUCCUAUAGGACAUAAUUCAUCAUACCUUGAAGGACCCGCAUUUGCUCCCCCUUUCAUUAGAGAGGCCAUUUGGUGUGCUAGCGCAAACUCCACAACUGAAGAAGGAAAGGAUUUAGCGGAUGCACGAGUGCUAUCUGAUGUUGGUGAUGUUCCUAUCCAAGAACUUCGAGAUUGUGGGGUAGAUGAUGAAAUAUUGAUGAAUGUUGUUGGUGAAUCUGUCAAGCUAGUCAUGGAGCAGGAUCCAUUACGCCCCUUAGUUUUAGGUGGUGAUCACUCAAUAUCAUAUCCAGUUGUUAGAGCUAUCUCUGAGAAGCUUGGAGGACAAGUUGAUAUUCUUCAUCUUGAUGCACAUCCUGAUAUCUAUGAUAAAUUUGAAGGAAACUAUUAUUCGCAUGCUUCUUCCUUUGCUCGAAUCAUGGAGGGUGGCUAUGCUCGAAGACUCUUGCAGGUUGGCAUAAGAUCAAUAAAUAUUGAAGGGCGUGAACAAGGCAAAAAAUUCGGUGUAGAGCAAUAUGAAAUGAGAACAUUUUCAAAAGAUCGCCACUUCUUAGAGAACCUGAAACUUGGGGAAGGCGUUAAAGGGGUAUAUAUAUCAAUAGAUGUGGAUUGUCUUGAUCCUGGGUAUGCUCCAGGAGUUUCUCAUCAUGAAUCAGGUGGUCUUUCUUUCAGAGAUGUUCUCAACAUCCUGCAAAAUCUUAAAGGUGAUAUUGUUGGUGGAGAUGUGGUUGAAUACAACCCAAAACGUGAUACUGCUACAGGAUUAACUGCUAUGGUAGCUGCUAAGAUGGUGAGAGAACUUGCUGCAAUCAUGUCAAAGUGAUAAAUCUCUUCCCUCAUGAUAUUUACUUCAAUGUACUCUUCAUUCCCUAAAUGCACCUUUAGUGGCAUUCAGUUUUUACUAGAUUUUAUUUGAAGCAUUAAUAAAAGAGUUUACAUGUACUUGUGCUUUAGCUACUGAGAACUUCCGUGCAGCACAAUGCUUCAUAUGUAAUUUGGUAUAACAUGUAUGUCACAAACAGACUGCUAUGCCUUUAUUUUCAGCA